AUGAUCCGAGGUCCGAAGCCGACAAAGGCUUGUGCUAUGAGAUACAAAAUUAACGAUGCAGCCAGUUCAUUGUCGGCGACUAAAGGUAUAUCCCAUGCGGGUUUAUAUCUCUAUGACCAAGUGCCAAUCAGUUUAGAUGAAAUGCGAAGUCACCGGAGCUCCACCUUGUCGUCGAUGCCGACAUACUAA